CAUUCUGGGAAUUGUGACAGGUAAAGAUAUUGAUUAUUUCCAGUUAACGAAGUCACCAAGCAACUGGUCGCUAUCGUCUGCCUCUGAACUCCUCAUCAGGAUUCAAAACGCUACAAAAUGAAGGAGAUUUUCACUCAGGAUGAACUUGAGGAACUGUUACGGAAAGCUGGACAGAAGCUGGUCAUUAUCGACUUCUGGGCCACGUGGUGCGGACCAUGCAAAGUGAUAGGACCCAUGUUUAAAAAACUGGCCCACGACCCUGAGUACGAAAAGGACGUCAUAUUUGCCUCUGUGGAUGUCGAUGAAGCUAAUGAACUUGCUGAGGAAAUAGGAAUAGAGUGUAUGCCGACCAUUAUGUUCUUUAAGGACGGAGAAAAGGUCGAUGAAAUGUCAGGCGCUAACAAAGCCAAACUAGUGGAAAAGAUCGAGGAGCUCCGGAAGAAAUGAGGAAGUGCCGAAUGAUAGAGAAAUUAGGGAACCCCCACCCUGUGUUUGUGAGACAGUAUGACGUUAGAUAAAAAUUCCUUUAUGUCAGUCCGGUUGUGAGUAAUUAAUGAUUACCUUGUGUGAGGACAGGGCGAAUGACCCCCAUUAAACAUCCUUCCCCUCAAGAUGUCCUGUAUUGUAAAACUGUUGUACAAGUUACUGAUGAAAAUAUAGAAAAUAAUUUGUUAUUAUGAAGUUUAAAUGAUUGUACUUUAGACAAAAACAACAUUUCUAAAUUGGUUUGAACAUAUUUUAUUGUAUAUUCUAAUUGAAAAGGGAUUGGGCACAAGUUCUAAAAAUUUAUAACGCCCUCUCCCUAAAUUAAAGGAGUUAUAUAUAAAAGUUUAAAAGAUGAGAAGAUUAUAACGAAGUACAUGACUUAGUAAAGAAAUAGUGCUACUGAGCUAUUAUAUUUGGCAGUUACAUGAAUUCCUUAAUCUUGCAGUGUUAAUCAAUAAGAUUUUAAACUAUACAAAGGCUCAGGACUAUUAAAUAGGUUUUGUUUGCUUUUGACGUUUUAAACAGCAAACAUUGCAUCUGUAAAUGAAAUAAAAUACAAAUUAGAAUAAAACUGUUGAAAAGA